ACAGGCAGAUCGAAUGGCUGCCAACACACCCAUCCUGUAAAUCACAUGCUUCAGGCGAUUUCCUUUUGUUCUAAAUCCUGCUGUACCAUACUGAAUGGAAUACGAAUGUGUUUAUGAAAGAGUUAACCAGAAAAAUUCUUUCAAGAUGGCCAAGUCCCCUUUCGUGAAUUCAAUGUUGCAAAGUCUUUCGCAGGGCCAUGAAAAAGCAUUUCAACAAGCACUAUACACGACAGCAGCCAAUAUUUUUGUUUUACUUGCUGGAGGAUCAGCUAUCGCUGUGUAUUUCAUUCUAGAAGCUUUCCUCCGACCUCUGUUAUGGUCCGUGUUGUGUGGAACAUUUCUGUACCCCUUCAAACGUGAAUUGACAGCAAUAUUAAGACGAUGGUUACGUGGUUUACAAGAGUCAGGGACACCUUUUGUUAUAGGAAUAGCAUAUUUACCAAUACAAGUUCUCGACUAUACUUAUGUUAUGAUAUUUGAUCGUACAAUUGUUAGACACUGGAAAUUACUGUGUGGAGGAGUUAUAAGCUUGUUUUUAAUUUACAUUUUGUGGUAUUUUGGUCCAGUAAGAAGUAUACUGGAAAUGUGUUAUGCAGUAUUUAUUUUCGUCUCUGAAGUUCUGGAUUAUUUUACAUCAUUUUGGGUAUGGACUGUUGUAGUAGCCUAUCUAGUUGUUGUCAUCUUUCUGUGGAAUGCUGAGUCUAAGAAGUAUUUACGUCUCUUGUCCCUGCCUAUCUGGGGUGUCCUCAUUCUUCACAUAGCCACUGUAGCUGGGUCUCUCCGCGUCCCACUGUUUCUCUUAAUAAUCGGAUUGAUUGCCACUGGAUUUGCAAGUGAAGUAAAAGAAAUAAAGAGAAGAGUGGAAGAACAAGGACAUAGUAUAUCUGAUGUGCUGGCUAUUUGGACUGUGUUUACGGGGGACUUGGAGAGGGCUCUAAGACAGGGACAGGAAUCUGAUACUGACCUUAUGGACUCGUCCUCGGAGGUCUCUACCACCGAGAGCUUCAGUGAGGAGACAGACAAAAGUCAGAAAUCUACUGGUGUUGUAAAGCCAACCAACCUGCCACUCCCUAAACCAGAAUCCACCACCCCAAAAGUUAGAUCCACCAAGAAGAAGACUGUGCGAGUUGUGGAGGAUAAAGGCCCUGGUAGUACUAAAUACUUUGUGUACUUAUUCUGGGCCCUCGUCCUGACUCGGGUGUGGAUGAACAUCUGGUUACUUCAGCUACUGGUCCCUCUGUUAGGCCUCAUGUGGAUCUUUAAAGCUUUUGUGCAUCAGCUGAAACCUGGAGGAUUUUUUGGAGAUAAUGUGGAAGCAUGUAAGUUGGCUAUCAUGGAAUGGUACAGGGUGAGAAAAGACGUGCUAGCUCCUAGAUGGGUGAUUGGUCUCCUCAAACUCUUUAGUCGUGGAGAUGCUAAGAUGAUGUCAAUCUUGGAUGGAUCCAUGGACAAGUUCACCAGUAUUCUAUUUAUAUUCAUCCUUAUCAUUGGAUCCACCCUCUUCACCAUCUUCUUUGCCGUGCAGGUUCACCAAGAAAGCAUGCAUCUUUUCAAAAUCUCCAGCAAUGUACUCAACAGUACCAGAGAAUAUGGAGAAUGGUUACCCAAGGGAGAGGACAUGCAGGUAGCCAUGGAUUCCAUGGUGGGCAAUGCUUACUUAUAUGGCAGGAAAUGGAUUGCAACAAAGGUUCAUGAUUUGGUUGGGGGACAAGAGGGAGCCAACACGACACAGGUAGAAACCAAGGUACUGGAGGUCUGGGAUAAUCUGUAUCACAGCUGGCUGGCUAGGAUUUCUGAUACGAGCCUGUGGCUCAAUCGAGCGGGUGCCUCCAAUCACAGCGUGGCAAAACAAAGCUUUCAAAUCAUCCCUAACGACAUGCUAGACUGGAGAUCUGUUUACGAGUUUGGAAUGCAGGGCAAGAGCUUCAACUAUUCCCAAGUGAUGGAAUUUGUUAAAGACAACAUUGGGACAUUUGUAUCUGUUUUGGAGAAUGUUUGGAUGGUACUCAAGGGUAACAUGAGCCUGAUGCUCAGUAUUGCCACGGCAGCCUUGUCUAUCAUCUUAGGUGGAGGAACAGCCAUACUGAACUUUAUCAUCUCAGCCGCCAUUUUCCUGACCACUCUCUUCUAUCUGCUUGCAUCCAGUGGGAAGCAGUUUAAACCAAUGGAGUGGAUUUCUGGUCUCAACCCUCACCCCUCAGGCAGCAAAUUCAGCCUGGCUGUGCAGGAGGCAAUAGGUGGUGUAUUCAUGGCAUCCCUUAAGAUGGCUGCCUUCUAUGGACUCUACACCUGGUUAACACACACACUAUUUGGUAUCAACAUGGUGUUUAUACCAUCCACCCUGGCUGCUGUGUUAGCUGCUGUCCCGUUUCUUGGUCCCUAUUGGGCCACCCUCCCUGCUGUGUUAGAACUCUGGUUAAUACAGGGACAGGGAAUCAAAGGACUGGCUCUCUUUAUCUGCCACAUCCUGCCAUCUUACUUUGUAGACACCAGUAUCCUGGGAGAAAUUAAAGGUGGUCAUCCGUAUUUGACUGGUCUGGCCAUUGCGGGGGGCAUAUACUGGUUAGGACUAGAGGGUGCCAUCAUUGGUCCUAUUCUCCUGUGUUGUUGUAUUGUGGCUUACAACGUAUAUGGCUCUAUGUUAGCACCAGGGGGCGCUGAAUUCCCAGGACUCCCAGGGGAUAAAGUCACCGUUAGCCGGUCAAGAACCACAGGACACCUAAACCGAUCUGUGAGUGAAUACUCCUCCCUGCCAAGUGAUGUGGUUUCAUGAUACUGAGGUAUUCAGGACUCAAAGUUAUUUCACAGACACCUUUUGUGCCAUAAUCAAAGUUGUAGAGGAUCAAACAGCAGGAUGGAUCUCAUGUCAUAUAACUGCAACAGAGGACGUUUACAUUGGAUGUUAUGUCCUCAGAUCUAGUCGGCCCCACCUAUUCAAAGUUUUGCCAAAAAAGUGUUUGCACUUACUGACAGAUAUUUUAAUUUAAAAGUAUCCAAACAAAUGUUUUUUACAUCAACUUGUAUCUUUAAAAUGGAUAAUUUUCAAGUCUUUGCAUGAAGCAAGUUUUUAUUUGAUCCUUAUAUUGAUUAAGCCUAAUGUUCACAAAAAAAUUAUUAUAAAGUGUGUGUGCUUCAGUAUAUUUUUAACAGAUUAAUUUGAAAAUCCCAAUUCAUGCAAAUGAUAUAUACAUUUUUAAAUUUUGGUUUGCCAGUCCUUUUUAGUUAAGCUAAAAAAAUGUUCACACUUUUUGACUAGAACUCUAUUUAUAUGAAAUGCCCUUGCCCAUUAUUUGUAUUCUCAAGAAUUAGAUGCCUAUUGGGUUAUUUAAUCAGGUCUUCUCAAUUUUACUACAUAGUGUGCAAUAUAUUUUUUAUUGGAAAUCAUUAACGUCAAUGUGUAGGAAAGAAGAACCUGUUUUUAUCGGGCUAACUCUAAUGAGUAUGACAUCAUUAUGUAUCUGUACACAUCUUCUACCAAUUCUAACCUCAUUAAGUACGACUCUAGUCAUUUUUUCUAUCCGUGUAAUAUUCCUUAUUAAUCUGAUGAGCACUCUUAUAUUAAGAGGAGAUGACUAAAGAUGUUAUUACGAGAUUUGAUAAAGCUGAGUAGACAAGUACUUACUCAGAAGUCGAUACACUUGUCCGUACAUGGAUUGUUUGCUUGGCAGAAAGUCAAACUUUCUCAGAAAAUUUUUUUUGUUUUGUUUUUUAAAUCUUAUUUAUGUUAUUUAUUUUUGUUUAUGUUUUAAUACAUGAUGUUAUACAUUUAAUGUGCUUUCUUUUAAAUUGUUCAGCUCAUUAAACAAAGAAAAGUU